AUGAUUCAAUUAAAGGUCUGUUGUUUAUGCUUUCUGCCUUUGUACCGCUUAUUGAAAUGCUGGGCUGAUAUGUCUUUGUGCUUCCCACGGUAGUCGAUGCUGAAUUGCAUCGACAAUUCCGGCGCUGCGCUGGUUGAGUGUGUUCAAGUGCUUGGGAAGAAAAGGCCCGCUACCGUUGGUAUGUGCAAGCUUACCGCCAUCGCCACCACCAAUCACUGCUGCUAGUGCUCCACUGUUACCCCUUAUACAUGAUUGCUAAGGCUGUGGAAUAGGUGAUAAAAUAGUAGUCGUCAUACAGAAACAACGAUCCCUAGGCCACGAUCUUUCUGCCGCUGCCCAGGCCGCCGUGAAAGUUCGACGAGGAGAUAUCUCUCAUGCAGUGGUUGUUCGGACGAGGAAGGGAUAUGGAAGGGCUGAUGGGAGUUAUAUCCGAUUCGACGACAACGCCUGCGUACUUAUCAACAAGACCGGCGAUCCACUAGGGACCAGGUUGAGCGGUGAGCCCACAAACCCCCUAGAACCGCAUACAACGUGGGGAGGGAUGGCUGAUUAUGGGAUAUAGGUGUCGUUGGGCGCGAACUCAAGAAAAAGAAGUGGUCAAAGAUUUUAUCCCUUGCUCCGGCCUAUGUAUGA